CAGUCGCAGCAUAUCAAAAUUCGUUAGCAUAAGUUUCAAACAAAAUUGUGUCUCAUCUUUACAUUAAUUAAAUACUCCAUCUCUGACUGACUCGUUUCCUUCUCCACCACUCCUCUUUCGCAAUCUCCGACACACAGUGAAAAUUCCGGAUUAAUCGGUGGAAUUAUGAUGGUGAAUCCGGAUAAUUCGGUCGACGGGAAUGCUUUCCCACCGGGAUUCCGAUUCCACCCCACUGAUGAGGAGCUCGUGCUUUACUAUCUCAAGCGGAAGGUCUGCCGCCAGCGCCAUCUCCUCGACGUCAUCGCUGAGACCGAUGUUUACAAGUGGGAUCCCGAGGAGCUGCCUGGGCUUUCAAAAUUGAAAACAGGUGAUAGGCAAUGGUUCUUCUUCAGUCCAAGAGAUAGGAAAUACCCAAAUGGAGCAAGGUCCAGUAGGGCAACAAUGCAUGGAUUUUGGAAAGCAACUGGGAAGGUCCGUGUCAUCUCACGUGGGGAUCAUGCUGUUGGUUUAAAGAAGACUCUGGUAUUCUAUAGAGGCCGUGCGCCUAAAGGAGAGCGCACCGACUGGGUGAUGCAUGAAUACACCAUGAAUGAAGAAGAGCUGAACAGAUGCCAGGCUGCUAUGGAAUACUAUGUGCUGUACAAGGUCUACAAAAAAAGUGGGCCUGGUCCCAAAAAUGGCGAGCAAUAUGGCGCACCUUUUAGGGAGGAGGAUUGGAAUGGUGACAUAGUUGAAGUACCAUCUGCAAUUGAGAAAGAAAUUCUACAAAAGCCAUUGAACGAUAUCACACCUAUCAAUAGUAGUAAAGGAGUUGAAUUUCAAGGCCUAUCCUCAUUUGAUUAUCUCGAGGAAGUCAUGAACCAAAUUGUAGACGAGCCCCUCCCUGUUCAGCCAAAUUGUAGGGAGGAGGAUUGGACUAAUGACAAAGUUCAAGUACCAUCUGCAAUUGAGAAGGAUAUUCUACAAAAACAAGUGAAUGAGAUUGCACCUAUCAAUAGUAGUAAAGUAGUUGAUUUUCAAGGCCUAUCCUCAUUUGAUUAUCUCGAGGAAGUCAUGAACCAAAUUGUAGAUGAGCCCCUCCCUGUUCAGCCACCAGUCAUUGAUCAUCAGUAUAAUCUGGAGCAGUUUGCCAGUGAGGACAUUUCUUAUGAAGCUCCCCAACCAUUUGUUCAGCAACCUAUUGUAGAUAAUAGUUUCGACCUCGCACAGUCGGAUGCAUUUCAGUUCCUGCCAACCGAUGCACCGGAGGCCUCUUCUGCCCCAGUUGCUAAUGUGCCAAAUUCUGAAUUCAUUGAUGAGUCCUUCCUCGGAGAUUUUCUUGAAUUGAAUGAUUUGGGCCCAGAUACGUCUUCACAAAACCCUAGUGAACUGGUUAAUGAUUCGGAUAAUCUUUCAAUUGAUGAUUUUGACUGUCUGCGCGAGCUCGAACUGUUGCAAGAUGUACCCCUAUUCCUUUGUUAUGAGGGGCCUGUUGAGUUGGGACAGACAUCUCAACCGGACAUGAAUAAUAACUUUGGAAAUGGAGAAAUUGAUCCAAUCUCAAGCUCUUGUAUGAAUAACGUCGAGAACACUACAAGUUACAUGCUGCAGCAACAAUUUAACAAUCACGAUGGAAUCAGCUAUCAGAUGAGCGCUGAUGACCAAAGUUGCAGUGUUGUAACCGAGGCACACACAAAUCUGGGAUUCGCUCCUCCAUCGACUUCAGGUGUUUUACAUCAAAAUCCAAAUUAUGGUUCCGUAAAUCAUUCUGCGGGAGCAAAUCAAAGUGGAAGAGGAAAACAGGAUGAUGGUGGUACAGACUCAUUGUUCUCCUCUGCUCUCUGGUCUUUUGUGGAGUCUAUACCAACAAGUCCUGCUUCAGCUUCUGAAUGUGCUUUGGUAAAUAAGGCGUUCGAACGAAUGUCUAGCUUCAGUAAAGUAAGAAUGAAUGGCAAGAACUUAAAUGUAGCUGCAGGUAAUGCCAUGGCAAAAUCUGGCAAAUCGAGAACUGGUCCUGUUUUUUUGUCUUUGCUAGGAUUGAUGUGUGCUAUCCUAUGGAUGGUGAUUAUAACCUAACUGAUUGAUGAAUAACACUAUUAUGUGUAUAUGUUACUAGUAGAGAGUUUUUAGUCCGGUGCCUUGCCGGAUCAUCAUUGGAAAUAUGAAGGCAGUUUUGAGUUGCAA